ACGUUUUUUUCUGCUCAUGCUGAAUAAUGACAUCAGAAAGUAAACAAUCAUUGAAAUGAAAUGACGCUUUCAUUUAAAACAAAAGAUCGUCACGGUUACUCUGUUAAGUUUUCCCCAUAUCUGCCUGAUCGUUUUGUAUGUGCUACAUCUCAAUAUUAUGGAAUAGCAGGCAGAGGCACAUUGUUCGUGUUUGACAUUCUGUCGUCAGGAAUUCAGCCAGUGAAGAUUUACGAGUGGAAUGAUGGUUUGUUUGAUGCUGCUUGGUCUGAGAACAACGAAAAUGUUGUCGUUGUAGGUGCCGGAGAUGGCUCGUUGCUUGUGUACGAUGUUACAAAUCCAAAGGGACCUUUAAAAGCAUUUAAGGAACACAGCAAAGAGGUCAGUUCUGUUGAUUGGAGUCCAACAAGAGCAGAAAAUUUUAUUCUAACGGCUUCCUGGGAUUCCACUAUUAAGUUGUGGUCUCUAGACAGUCCCCACUCCGUGGCCACAUUCACAGGGCAUUCUGGAAUUGUUUACAGUGCCAUCUGGUCACCACGGUUACCAGGAUGCUUUGCUACAGCAUCAGGAGACAAGACAUUGCGAGUAUGGGACAGACGGACACCCCAGCCACAGUGUACGAUACAGGCCCAUGAAGGGGAGGUGCUCACAUGUGAUUGGAACAAGUAUGACCAGAAUAUAUUAUACUCUGGUUCGGUAGAUUGCAGUAUUAGGGGCUGGGACAUACGUAAUUACAACAAGCCUCUAUGUGAGAUGACUGGACAUAGGUUUGCUGUCCGCAGAGUAAAGACCUCUCCAUUUAAUGGAAACACACUGGCCUCAUGUUCCUAUGACUUCACUGUGAGGACCUGGGAUGUACGUCAGCCGCAUGCCAUGGAGAUUACAGAACAUCACACGGAGUUUGUGUAUGGCCUGGACUUUAACCUGCACAGGCCGGGACAGAUUGUGGACUGUGGCUGGGACUCUCUUGUUCAUGUGUACAAACCUAGGUCCUUGUGAUACUGGCUCAAUAGUAGAAACUUGUGUAUGGAAACCAUGCCAAACCACUUUUAUAAACCAAUGGAGAAACAUAUAUAUAUAUAUAUACUAGCAUUGUGGAAUUGGAUUUAAUGUGUUCUUUUAUAUUUAUUUGUACUUGGUAAUUAUCAAGAGAAGUUGUAAUCCAUAUUUUACCUCCCAUCGAUUAUAGUUUACAGUUGAAAUUAGUUAUUUUUGUGGUGGUCUAGGUUUUAGGUAACUUUAUGUUCUAAAGUAAUAAAUACCCAGCUGACUAGUGCUUACUGAAAUAUAUGCUUAUUGUAGACAUCCAUGUGAUUUUUGCUCAUCUGUUUAUCCAACUUAAAACUCAAAGUAUUAUCAUAGCUUUAUUGUGAUCAGCAGCCUCAUCUAGUAUACAAAAACUUUAACCUUAGUCACAAUAAAAACAUUUAAGAUAUAAAAGUAAACUUGGUACACAUCUUGCCAGAGACAAAACGCACAUGUUUAGCAAAGCCACGACUCUGGCUGUUAUAAUCUUUGAGUUAUAACCAUUUUUUGACUAUAUAAUGACAGACAAGUGAUGUUGGCAUUGGCUCUUUGCACUCUUGUUUAUCUUUUUGUUGUGAAAAUUUAACCACAAGUUAGAGAGUAUACACAUAUGCUUUCAUAGAAUAAUAUGACUUUUUAUUGUAUAACUUACCUUUGAUUGUUGACUCACAAAUGCAAUGAGUUAGUUGUAUGCCAUGUAUAUAUUAUUUCUUUUUAAAAAAAAAGAUACAACCACUUAAA